AUGCAGCUCAGACCUAUUGCUGCACUCCAACACCACAGUGACCACAGCUACAGGGAAUCCAGCUGGCUUUACAGAGUAUUUAGAAAUUAGAGGAAGGAGAACACAUCUGGAAUUACAGAAAUCGGCUGUGUUUUAUUUGUGGCCUCCUUUCUUCUGAGACAGUAAAUAAUCAGAGAUGAAGCUGCUGAAAACCGCCCUCAUCAUCGUCCUUCUUACAACAACGUCUGCAAAGCCAAUCCGCAGGCAUCACGACGCCGAUAUUGCUGACAAGGACCACGUUCAGGGAUUUCUGGCUGGCAUCAACAGACAUUUUGCCCUUAACAUGUCUGAGGACUCAUCAGAGUCUUCAGAAAGUCAGUCUUCUGAGUCGUCUGAGUCUUCUGAGUCUUCUGAGUCAUCUGAGUCGUCUGAGGUGGUCACAGACCAGUCCAAGUUGGUCAUGACCACCACCGCCAUGACAACCUUGACCUCAGGAGACGGGAGCACCUUCACGCCUGACCCAGACACAAUGAACACAGGCAGACCAACAAUCAUGGUGAUCAAUACAACGCCCAACCCAGAAACGAUGACGGUGACUGGAGAUCACACGUCACCAUGCAGCGUCACCAAAUGUUUUACAGAAGAGAUUCCCACGGCAGUCCCCAUUACAGAAAAAAGGGGAGACGCCUAAAUAACGCAGCUGUCACUUUCAGGACAAUUAUGCUUUUAUUUAUAAUGACUAGAAGUAAAAAUUGAUCAUCUGGGAGCUGGUUUCAUCCAGCUUAGAAAAACAGAAGAUCUAUGGUGUCUUUUUUCUUUUGUUGCUGCAUUUCUGUAGCAAUUUUGCAUUUUUUUCUGCAUUUCAGAUAUGAAAGCUUAAUGAAAGGUAAGCUUUCUAGACCUUAGUUGUGUCCAAAGGUUUGACCUGUUCAGUGCUUCGAUUCUAUGAAUAUCACUUGAUUUUUGUGUUAUUUUUGUAUGAAUAUAUCCAAUAUAAUUUAAAUUUAUGUUCUUACACUUUUUUUUAUCUUCAUAGACCUGCAGUGUUUGAGCCGUCAAAUUCUCAUGUUUUAGAUCAACUCAUAUAUAAACCACUUUAAAUAUGUUAGAAUGAGAUAACAUAAAAAACACAUCUUUGGCUUCUUUGCAUGUUUACUUGGCUUCUUUGGUCUUUUGUCAAUCACAAUAAACACAACU